UUACAAUGUCUCUCUGAGAUGAACAGUCGAAGGCGGACGGGCCGAUAAAAUGGAUUUAUUUCGGACGAAUGCAACAGCGUAUGGUUUGAUAACCGCAUAAAGGUGUCUCCAGGGGCAUAAACAGAAGCUUUUGUUAAGAAAGGUUACCCAGUGUUUCCCUCUCUCUUUGUGGGCUGCCCAUGCACACACACAGCACCAUGGGUAGCUCGCCUGAGGUGCUCUCCUGGGCCUCCUGCCCCAGUUUGCUGGUGGGGAAGCUCAAAGAGGAACUCAAACUGACCGUUGUGGGCGAUGCCAUGAAGAAGACUAAUCCAAAUUCCUCACCUCAGGCUCCAACACCUGCCCCACCUUCUCAAAUUAUCACAGACUUGGCCCCUCCCACACACCUACCCGUACCCAUGCAACAGUUACACCCUCCCGGGAAAGAUGAGGAGUCUGGGUUGGGAGGCACGAGCCCACCCAACACGGUUCUGAGCGAGGACUCGACAAAGGAGCAAGGACACUUUGACAACAGCGUGCUCCAGCUCCAGGAGCAUGAGGACGCGGAGUCUCCAGGCUCCUGCAGCCAGGGUGGAUGUGGGAGUGGAGGAGAGGAGGGGAACGAGGAGGGGGGUUGUCCGACAGACCACAACGGGGACGGUACGCACAACCACCCCCACGAUGAUAUCAAACUGCACUUUCACAGAGCAGGAACGGGAGGAGGGGGCUUCCUUGAAGGUCUUUUUGGCUGUUUGAGGCCUGUCUGGAACAUCAUAGGAAAAACUUACUCAACAGAGUACAAACUGCAACAGCAAGACACUUGGGAGGUGCCGUUUGAGGAGAUCUCGGAGCUGCAGUGGCUAGGCAGCGGGGCUCAGGGCGCCGUCUUCCUGGGCAAGUUCCACUCAGAGGAGGUGGCCAUCAAGAAAGUCAGAGAGCAGAAAGAGACAGACAUCAAGCACCUGCGCAAACUAAAGCAUCCCAACAUCAUCGGUUUCAAGGGUGUGUGCACACAGGCUCCUUGUUACUGUAUCAUUAUGGAGUACUGUGCCCAGGGGCAGCUGUACGAGGUUCUUAGGGCCGGGCGGAAGGUCACCCCUCGCCUGCUGGUGGACUGGGCCACAGGCAUAGCCAGUGGCAUGAACUACCUGCACCUUCACAAAAUCAUCCACAGAGACCUCAAAUCACCAAAUGUAUUAAUAACUCAAAACGACACUGUGAAGAUCUCAGACUUUGGGACCUCCAAGGAACUCAGUGACAAAAGCACCAAGAUGUCCUUUGCAGGGACAGUGGCUUGGAUGGCUCCUGAGGUGAUCCGAAAUGAACCUGUUUCAGAGAAGGUGGACAUCUGGUCAUUCGGUGUAGUUUUAUGGGAGCUGUUAACUGGAGAAAUCCCAUAUAAGGAUGUGGACUCGUCUGCAAUUAUCUGGGGUGUUGGCAGUAAUAGUCUACAUCUCCCCGUGCCCUCAACCUGCCCUGACGGCUUCAAGAUCCUCAUGAAACAAACAUGGCAAGGCAAGCCGAGGAACAGGCCCUCAUUCAGACAGAUCCUGCUGCACUUAGAUAUUGCCUCAGCCGACGUGUUAGGAACUCCUCAGGAGACCUACUUCAAGUCUCAGGCGGAGUGGCGAGAGGAAGUGAAGAAACACUUCGAGAAGAUCAAAAGCGAGGGAACGUGUAUCCACCGGUUAGAUGAGGAGCUAAUCCGCCGCAGGAGAGACGAACUCAGACACGCUCUGGAUAUUCGGGAACACUAUGAAAGAAAGCUGGAGAGAGCAAACAAUCUGUACAUGGAGCUGAGUGCCAUCAUGCUGCAGCUGGAGAUUCGAGAGAAGGAGCUAAUGAAGAGGGAGCAGGCUGUGGAGAAGAAGUACCCUGGAACCUACAAACGGCACCUGGUCAGGCCCAUUGUCAGGUCCAAUGCAGUGGAGAAACUCAUCAAGAAGAAAAGCAGUGUGUCACACAAGCCUGGGACGCAGACACCCAAGAGGCCAGAUCUGCUUCGCUCCGAUGGGAUCCCAAGCGUGGAGGUGCUCCCUGCUCCCUCGCCCGUCUCAGGGAGCCCCAAAGUGUCCACCCCGCCCGGGAAGGCCCGGUACCGCAGUAAGCCCCGGCACCGGCGUGCCAACAGCAAGGGCAGUCACAGCGAGUUCCCCGGAGUUCUGAAGAGUGGACCCGGAGUGUCUGAUGAACAGCAACCUCUACAACAACACUACCACCAUCAUCAUCACCACCAUCAUCACCCUCCACCCGAAGGCCCGCUGCUCCCUCUGCAAGGCCGCGAGGACGCCGUCGCUAACUGUGCCAAUAACCUGCGAUAUUUCGGCCCCGCGGCCGCCUUGCGGAGUCCUCAGACCGACCACCUCCAACGACGUGUGUCGGGCUCCAGCCCGGACCUCAUCUCCACAGCCAUGGAUGCCGACUCGCGGCAACGUACCGGCUCCACCGGCUCCGGACCUGGGCCCCUCUGUCCUUGCUGCCAGGCACACCCUUUCCCCGGCUGCCUACACUGCCAGGAGACGCCUCCUGCCCCCAACCACCCAGAGCUGCCCCAUUACUCUCUGCUCAGCACCUGUGAGGGAACCCCGCCCACAGCCCCACGCCUCCCUGACCCAGCGUCGGAUGGAGAAGCUCCGGAGAAGGGGGAGCAGCAGGAGCAGGGCUCUCCACGCAGCACCUUACCCGGCGGAGCGUCUCGUACACUGCGACCCCUCAGGAAGACUGGCGAUGACUCAUCUGAAGAGGAGGAAGGAGAGGUAGACAGUGAAGUGGAGUUUCCACGGCGACAACGGCCUCACCGCUGUAUGAGCAGUUUCCAGUCCUACUCCACCUUUAGCUCAGAGAACCUGUCUGUGUCGGACGGAGAGGAGGGCAACACCAGUGACCACUCCCACAGUGGUCCACUGGAGGCUCUCAGCGCCAGCCAGGAGGAACAUCUGGACGAGCUGCUCUCCCACACCCCUGAGAUUCCCAUCGACAUCUCCACCCAGUCCGACGGCCUCUCCGACAAAGAGUGUGCCGUGCGCAGGGUCAAGACCCAGAUCUCCCUGGGAAAGCUGUGUGCAGACGAGCACAGCUAUGAGAAUCCUCUGCAUUUUGGGGAUUCAGACUGUGAUUCCUCUGAGGCGGAGUGUUCUGACGCCACUAUCCGAAACAACAAGCCCUGUGCCCCCUCUUCAUGGUGAGCCCCUCGCCCUCCCCCCUCCCUCGGCCCACGCUGAGAGAACCACGGCAAUAACUGGAUUCCGCUGCAAAAAGCGAUGCCCCCCCCCCCCAACUUCUGUCCCGGCCCCAACAUCCAAACAACAACUUCAUGCAGGGAAUCCUUUUAACCAAUAAUGUAGCUAGUAUAACAUUCAUCUUUUGUUUUUCUUUGAGUUUGGAGUAAUUAAAUUCAGGAACUCUGUAAAGCAUUACAAAAUGACCAAAAAAAACAAAACACUACAUAAACACUAUGUGGCGGAAGGUUUGUUUGACCGAUUCGGAUGAGGAUUCAUCGAAGUACCAGGGACACUGAGCUAAUAAGCAAACGCGAUAAUGCAGGAAUUUUUUUUUUCCUGAUGUGUGAGUGUGUGUCGAGUCUGGAGUGCGUGAGGACAAAUUAACAAUGGGACCACAGGAGAACUGUAUCAAUGAGAAACAUAUAAAGAAGAGGACCAGUCUCUCUGGCCGAGAUUAGCCACCUGGUAAAACUCGUGUUUACAGAAACGAGGCUCUGACCCUUACUGGGGGAACCAGGGGAAAAAAAAAAAAAACAGUUUGAGCACCAGCAUGAACAUCAUUCAACCCCCCCCCCCACCCCUCCCCCCUUCCUCAACCCCCUUCCUGUUCUCACCUCAACAUGGAUGCCGCAUCUGGAUUGUCCCAGCAUGUCUUUCUGGCCUGCCAUGCAACAAAGUCAAAAGGGGACCGCGCCAGUUGUGAGGGCAAAGCCUGGAGCAAACGCCGAACCCAAACCCACACGCUCAAAAGGAUCUGGACUGCGCCGCUGUCACCAGUCAGCAAAGAUCAAGAGUGAAAUCAGUGUUUGACCUCUGCCUCUCAGCCGAGCUGUUCUCACGUCUCAGGACUGUGUUAAGAGAAGUGCUAUGGAUGAAACAGGUCAAAGGAACAGCAUACCGUUAAGCCCUCACUGUUUUCUCUUUUCUUUUCCUUUUUUUUUUAAAGGAUGGUAGAGGUAUGGACCAGAUGCCAGUCUAUAAGAAAGCCCUGUAUUUUUUGACUAUUAGAGUUUCUCUCUCCAGUCAUCAUUCUCUUUAGAAAUUAGAAAUGAGUAGGUGUGACGUAGUCUAUGAUAAGAUGCAGUAUCUCUUGGGUAUUUCCCUCAGGCGCCUGUGUGAUUUUUUUUUUUUUUUGGUUCGUCUUUGUGAAGAGUGCGGAGUGAAAUUGAAUGCAUGGUUCAGAAAGAAAGAGAGAGAGAGAGAGAGAAAGAGAGAAAGAGAGAGAGAGAGAGAGAGAGAAUAGCAGAAGCACAGACUCCAAACAGUCCCUUGUGUUUGGCUUAUGAAUGUCACAGCAAUAAUGUAGGAUUAAGCUCAGGCCAUUGAGGGUCGUUUGCUCAGGACUGUCUAGCUGGCUGGACAGAAGCACGGACAUGUGAUUAAAUUGAAGUUAGUGAUUAACUGCUUUUUAAAAGACUUAUAUUUUUUAACUUUUGAGUUUAGGUAAGUUACCAAUUUUGUAAAAAAAAAUUCCUGCUUUUGCUGGUUUGAUGCUCAGGUAUUGAGUUCAGAACAUCAUGCUAUCCAGUGCUGUAGCACUCUGUUUCCACUAGGUGGAGACAGCUCUCUCUGUAUGUGUUGCUGUGGUAACCAAAGGAAAGGAAAAACAAAAUGGCUUCUUUCCUUUUUAUGACAAAACAACUAAUUAAGCCAGUGUUCUUUGAUUAUUAGAUUUACUGACAUUUGUCUCUACUUUCCUCUCUAAACUGCCCUGUAAACCUUAAUGUAUUUUACUCUCCCUAAAAGUGAUACUGCAUCUUUCAUAACUACUAUUAGCAUAUGUAAUUUACCUCGUGGUUAGUUUUUGAUGUAUGCGUCGUUAGUACAAUUAGGACGGCCGGUUGGUUGACAUCAUCAUCAGGUCAUGUCCUACUCUUUAGGGAGGAGUUAUAAACUGUGAAUGAACUGUGAAUUACAACACAAAACAUCUGUCUUGUGUUUGAGGGGUUCUGGUUUUGCUAUAGUUAUUCCUCUGGUGUUUUUAAGUUUUUGCUGUCUGGACAAAAAAUCCAGGGCAGGAGAUCAAAGCAAAACACAAAGCCAUUGAAAACAAAUAAUUACUCAGAUUUUUUUUUGUUUGUUUCUGUAUGGUUAUUCCUCUGAAAAACCAGCCAUCAUUACCAUAAGAUCUUGUGGGAUUUUUUUUUUUUUUUGUAUUGUCUGACCAAUACCACAUGAACAGGGUUGGAGUGAUUGGUGGAUUGGAGUGAAAGCAUUUGUAAGAACCUCCACUAACCUGUGAGGAGAACAAUUGAACCCUGUCAAGUGGCUGAUAUACAACAAACCUCAUUUAUUAUGUUUACGUGUUGAUAGGCUUCUGUGUUCUAAUCACCAGAAGUCAGUCUACCAUGUUCUGAGUGAAGUACAAUGUCUUUCUGGCAGUAAUGCCAUAACAAAUCUAGUAAUGUGUGAUUAUUUAACGUGUUAAUUUAAGUUAAUUUUAUUUAAUUUUUCUUUUUUUUUCUUUCA